AUGACAGCCUCCGUGCUCCUCCACCCCCGCUGGAUCGAGCCCGUCAUGUUCCUCUACGACAACAGCCUGGAUGAGAUCAAUAAGAACAUGGACGGAUUUCACGCCGGCAGCAACUUCGCGGCGGCGGCGGCGGCCAACCCCUGCCGCAACCUGAUGGCUCACCCCGCGCCCCUGGCCGCCCCCAGCGCCGCCGCCUACACCUCCAGCGAGGCCCCCGCAGCCGGCAUGGCCGAGCCCGCUGUCAAGCAGUGCAGCCCCUGCUCGGCCGCCGUGCAGAGCUCCUCCGGGGCCGCGCUGCCCUACGGCUACUUCGGCAGCGGCUACUACCCCUGUCGCAUGACCCAUCACAACGCCAUCAAGUCCUGCGCCCAGCCCGCCUCCACCUUCGCCGACAAGUACAUGGACACCUCGGUCUCCGGCGAGGAGUUCACGUCGCGGGCCAAGGAGUUCGCCUUCUACCAGGGUUACGCCGCCGGGCCCUAUCAGCCGGUGCCCGGUUAUCUGGAUAUGCCCGUGGUGCCGGCCAUCGGCGGCCCCGGGGAGCCGCGCCACGACCCCCUGCUCCCCAUGGACAGCUACCAGCCUUGGGCCAUCACCAACGGGUGGAACGGCCAAGUGUACUGUCCCAAGGAACAGAGCCAGCCGCCUCACCUCUGGAAAUCCACCCUCCCGGACGUCGUUUCUCAUCCCUCGGAUGCGAACUCGUACAGACGUGGAAGAAAGAAACGAGUGCCUUACACAAAGGUCCAGUUAAAAGAACUCGAAAGGGAAUAUGCUACAAAUAAAUUCAUUACCAAAGACAAACGGAGGAGGAUUUCGGCGACUACAAAUCUAUCAGAGAGACAGGUCACAAUCUGGUUCCAAAACAGGAGGGUCAAAGAGAAAAAAGUAAUCAACAAAUUGAAGACUACCAGUUAACGGAUUAAAAAUGGAGAAGCAGUAAUUCAAGAGUUUCAGAACUUUUUU